GCCAAAACUCCAAGCCUGCAUUUUCUCAACCCAAGAAUGGACUGGCAGACAGAAUGGCGGAAAAGAACGGAAUCCAAGGGAAAAAAACGAUAGUCUUCUUGCAUCCCGAUCUGGGUAUCGGUGGUGCGGAACGUCUUGUUGUCGAUGCCGCGGUCGGCCUGCAGAACCGAGGGCACAAAGUCGUCAUCUUUACGAGCUACUGCGACCCGAGUCACUGCUUUGAUGAAGCUCGCGAUGGCACCCUCGACGUCCGUGUCCGCGGCAACACCAUAGUCCCAUCCUCGAUCCUCUCACGAUUCAGCAUCUUGUGUGCCGUCCUCCGUCAAUUACACCUGAUCCUGCAAAUCUGCUGGACCAGCGAACUGCAAGACCUCGCCCCCGAUGCCUACUUCAUUGACCAGCUCAGCGCUGGCCUGCCCCUGCUACAAUACCUGCAACCCCAAGGUCGCAUCCUUUUCUAUUGCCACUUCCCCGACCUGCUCCUAGCCCAGGGCCGCCAGAGGUGGUGGAAGCGCGUAUACCGAGUGCCCUUUGAUUUUCUAGAGCAGUGGAGCAUGAGCUUCGCCGAUGCCAUCGCGGUCAAUUCCAACUUUACCAAGGGUGUUGUCUCCGGCACUUGGCCCCGUUUGGCCCAGAGCAAGGAUUUGAAGACCGUAUACCCGUGCGUGGAUACCAUGGCCAAGAAGACGGGCGAUGCGACCAACGCGGACAAUGGAAAGCCGCUGUGGAAGGGCAUGAAGUUCCUGCUGAGCAUCAAUCGGUUUGAGCGGAAGAAGGACAUCGCUCUGGCUAUCAACGCCUACGCUGGGCUAGGCAAGGACGCAAGGAAGGGUGUGAGGCUCGUUGUUGCUGGUGGCUAUGAUAACCGCGUCCCCGAGAACGUCGGGUAUCACAAGGAGUUGGUUGAUUUAGCCGACUCCCUAGGCCUCCGCAACAUGACGGCCAAGACAAUCGUCACAGCACUCGAUGUACCCGACAACGUCGAGGUCCUCUUCCUGCUUUCGGUACCGAACCUGCUCAAGGAAAUGCUUCUCAAAUUCGCCAAACUACUAGUCUACACGCCAGCCAAUGAGCACUUCGGUAUCGUUCCACUGGAGGCCAUGCUGGUAGGCGUGCCUGUGCUAGCAGCCGAUACAGGAGGACCCACCGAGACCGUGAUCGAGGGCGAGACGGGAUGGCAUCGAUCGCCAGCUGAGGUAGAGAAGUGGACCGAGGUCAUGGACGCGGUGCUCAACAAGUUGUCCCGGGACGAACUGGCCAGGAUCUCCCAAAAUGGCAUUUCGCGCGUCCAGGACAACUUCGGCAACAUGCAGAUGGCGGAACGUAUUGAUGAGAUUAUGGAAGAGAUCCUCGAUAUGAAUGCCAAGUCGGUCAUCUCUAAGUGGACUCGAUGGGGUAUUGGCAAAGGGUUUGUGGCGCAGGAACUACCAAAUAUGACUCUGGUGUUAUAG